GAUGGAAACGUGUAAAAAUUUCAUACGAUGAAAAAACAGGCGCUUGCAAAAUGGAAAUUUUAAAUGUCAAGCAAGAAGAUGCCGGUGUAUAUAAAUGCGUUGCUAAAAAUAAACUCGGGCAAGAUGAGAAACAAGCGAAACUGGAUGUUAUACCUGAGAGUGAACUAAGGAAACCUAAAUUCACCAAACCUUUGAAGGAUACCAAAGCACCUAAAGGAUCUCAAGCAACCAUGAACGCUGUAUUGACUGCAGAUCCUGUUCCUGAAGUCCAGUGGUUCAAAGGCGACCAACAGGUUACUUCUUCCGAUGAAUGUAAACUGACAGAGGAAGUAAAAGACAUCAAAGAUGGCUUGAAAGAAUGUAGCUAUACACUUACUAUACCCGAAGGCAAGCAUUCAGACUCUGCAGUCUACAAAAUAAAGGCUAAGAACAAAUUUGGCUAUGAUGAAGCUUCGGCUCGCCUCGAUAUCCAAUUGAAACCUGAAUUAGGUGUUCUGAAAGACCAAAGUUGUCUUCCUGGAGAGGCCACCGAGUUUGCUAUUAAUAUUCAAGCAAAUCCUAAACCUAAAGUGACAUGGACUAAGGGUGGCAAUGAUUUAUCCAAGGAUAAGACAUGCGAAGUUGAAGAAGAUUUGAGUUCAGAAAUGUAUCGUUUAAAAAUUGCAAGAGUGGAAUUACCUCACGAUGGCAGCUACCGUGUCACGGCUGUUAAUGAACAUGGUGAAGCCAGUAAAGAAGUAGCACUGUCUGUUUAUACCGAUCGUCCCAAGUUUGCAAAACAACUAGAAGACCAGACAAUCAAGGAUCGCGACUACGCAUGCAUGAAUGUGAGGUGCAGCGGUGUACCCGAGCCGCAAAUUAAGUGGUAUAAAGACGGAGUCGAACUCACCUCCGGCGAGAAGGUCAAAAUAACCACAACCAGCGAAGCUCAAGUAUCGAGCAGGCUUGAAAUUGAACAUUUCUCUGUCAAUGAUGUAGGAAAGUAUACAGCCAAAGGUAGCAAUGUUCUCGAUAGCACGGAAACAUCCUGUGCAUUGAAAAUGGCUCAGAUUCCUCCAUCAUUCACUAAAAAACCUGAUAAGUGUGUUGAUGUCGACGAAGGAAGCCCGCUGGAGCUCGUUGUUAAAGCUGAUGGUAGCCCAAUACCAACAGGAAAAUGGUUUAAAGAUGGUCAGCCUUUGGAACCCUCUGAUCGUGUUAAAUUGGUAUUUACACCUGAUGGUAUGAUGAAACUAUUGAUAGAUAGCGCAAAAGCUACUGACAGUGGUGCUUAUAAAGUUGAACUUGAAAAUCCUAAUGGAAAAACACAAGCCCAGUUCGCUGUCACAGUUAAACCCAAAUCGCAAAAACCAUUACUGUUGAAGCCUUUGAAAGACUUAAAGGUAACAGAAGGUGAACCAUUAGAGCUCGAAGCUGAAGUGUCUGGUUUUCCAUCACCCGAAAUUGUCUGGUUCAAGGAUGGUGUACCAUUGCGACCAUCACAGAACGUAAGCUUUUUGAACAGCCCAUGUGGUAAAAUCGGUGUUGUGAUUGAUUCAGUGAGGCCAACCGAUGCAGGAACUUACUCCGUGGAGGUCAGCAACCGUCUCGGCGACUGCGAAGGUUCGGCUAAAGUCGAAGUUUUACCCAGGCCUCGUAGACCAGGUUUUACACGAGAGCUCAUGCCUAUGUCUGCCGUCGAAGGAUACCCGGUUAAAAUGGAAGUUAAAACUACAGGGCAUCCUGAACCAAAAGUCAAAUGGAUGCAUAAUGGUCAGGAAGUCGUACCAGAUGGUAAAAAUAUUAAAAUGGUGUCGACACCAGAUGGUGAUGGUGUGUUACAUGCAUUGGUUAUCGAGUGUGCAAAACCAGGAGAUGCUGGGCCAUAUGAAGUUGUUCUGACCAACGAUAAGGGAGAGUGCAGAAGCAAAGGUGACUUGGAUGUAUUAGGAAAAUCUAAUACUGCUGCUCCUGAAGAAACACCCAGCUUUGUGCAUGCAUUGCGUGAUGUCACUGUUGAUGAAGGAGAACCACUAUGUUUGAGCGCUCCUUUCAAAGGUAAUCCAAUUCCGGAAAUAGAAUGGUCUAAAGAUGGGGUACCAUUGACAUCAACACCUCCAAUUUCUUUUGGAUGCGAUGGCCAGAGACUCAGUCUAGAAAUUAAACCAUGCGGAUUGGAGCAUGCUGGAACCUACGCGUGCAAGAUCAAAAAUCCACUUG